CAUGCCUCGGUCUCUCUCAGCUGGGCGUUUAUACAUACCGAAAGAAAUUUCCCCACAUCUUCCAAGGUCUUCUCUUCCGAGCUCCCAGCCUACCUGCCGAAAGAAAAUUCCCCAAGUUCUAUUUUGUCUGGGCAAGAGCGACAUGGCGGCCGCCACCGGCUACGGUGACGCCCCGACCGACGAGCAGCUGCUCGCGUACGCUGAGCUACCCAGACAAGGCCGCUACAUGGCAGAGGUGUUCGCCGUGCGCAUCCCCGCCACCGCCGGAGCAGACCCGCCCAGCGGCACCAUCUCUUUCCACGGCGGCCACUGCAGCAGCGACUUCAUUUACAGCCCGGAAGAAGAACACGCCUCGCAGCAAACCAGCUGCGACAGCCAGGGUAACAUCGUGCUCACUGGGCCAUCGGUGGCCACCUCGGCAUACAGUCCAAUUGUCUUCAGCCUCGACCUCCAUGACGGACAAGCCGACGAGGAGGAGGAAGAGAACACCGCGAGGAUAGUCUGCGACACCAUUGGCGGCGACUUCUCUAACUACAACAGGGCCAUAUCGGAGACUGUCCGCACAGGCUACGGCCCCGCGGAGGUGAUAUACGCCGUCCUAAGCAAUGGCAUCCAAGGCCGGGUCGACGUGAAGCUUUCUCGCCUGCAGUCCCGAGACGAAGAGGUUCUCGUCGGCAGGAUCGUUGCUCGCAGCAAGCUGUUCGACGUCGGUUGCGUGCUCUUCUACAAGGAGGCCGCUAACAAGCAGGGAGUGCACGUGCGACCCGGGGAGCCGGUUCCGUUGGCGAGGCAUGCACUCGCCUUGCCGCUGCACAUGCCGCUGACGAUUGAGCUUGACCUUCGUCGCGGUGGAUCCGGAGAUGAAAUUGUUAGAGGCAAGCUUGAGUUCAAAACUGCCAUCGACGGCCUGCAUACGGAACGUCUUGUUGGUGUCAAUGGUGCUGAAUUCGAGGUGACAAUCUCAUGGUCGGACUAUCCUUGGUAGACAUCCAUGUGAACUUAUCAACUACAAAUACUAUGGAACUCCGUACGAGUUCAAAAAUAAGUGUCGUUUCUUCUUGACACAUACUGAUUUGGAUUUUCUAAUAUAAUUGUAAUGAAUAAAGGGUAACAUACUUCCCUCGUUUUUAUUUA